GGACGUGCCAUUACUUUUUCUCAGUGGGCGCCUUCUAAAAACAACCAAACAGGUUGAAAAUGGUUCUGAUAUUUCAGUAUUGCUAAAGGAAAAAGCAUCCAUAAGGUUCUGAAAAUAUUUACCUGGGAAUUGCUUUCAAAUAGCUUGGUCUCUAAGUGUAAAGUUGACUUUAGCGGAAAAGCAGACAUUCUUCAAACUGAAACGACAGUGAAUACUCCAAAGUAAAAAUGUCCAGUGAAGACUGCGCCACGCAAACCAACGAUUCCUUGAGCGAAGAUCCCCGUUGUGCGGACAACAGUCAGGAUGAAGUUUCUGUUUCUCCAGUGGAAAAAGUGGCUGUCUUUUCCGUGAUAUAUGGAAUCAUAUUUUUAGUAGCCGUUGUAGGUAAUGGAUUUGUUUGCAUCGUAAUCACCAGGAGGAAAGACAUGCGCACUUUGACCAAUCUGUUCCUCCUCAACAUGUCCAUCUCAGACUUGCUGUCAGCUUUGUUCGCCAUUCCAUCGCUGAUGUCUGACCAGAUCUCGCCUAACGAAUGGCCUCUUGGAGGAUUCAUGUGCCGAGCAGUGAGAGUGAUUUCUUCAAUAUCUGUGUCGGUGUCCGUUUACACGAUGAUGGUACUGGCAGUGGAAAGAUAUCAAGCCAUCGUGAAUCCCUUCACGGUCCGUGCCUCACGAAAAAAAGUCAGACGAACUGUGAUUUUAGUGGUUCUAACUUGGCUGGUGUCCUGUGCCAUUGCUUCUCCCCAGGCUUUUGUGGUCACGAUCCAAAACAAACGGUGCGUCGAAGACUGGACGGGCAAAGGCGGGAUAUUAGGGAACCGAAUAUACACAGUGGUGGCUUUCAUUCUUUUGUUUGUCCUCCCUAUUUUGGUGAUUGGCUCAAGUUACAUCAUGAUCAUACGAACACUAUGGCAACCGGAGCCGUCCUUAAGCGACGACGCCACGACCGCAUGCAGCGUUCGUGGUUUGUCUUCAACGAAUAACCAACCAUCGUACAAUGCAAACCGCGCUUACGCAAUUCGCAGAGCAAAAAAGAAGCGCAAGACGACGUAUAUGCUUCUAACAGUGAUCGCCACGUUCUUGACAUGCAUGUUACCUUUUCAAGUAACUAUACUGCUCCAAGCGUUCGUGGAACUCCCCUUUCAGACGGUUGGCUUCAGUGUGUUCGUGAACUUCUACUCAGUGCUCGCUCUGUGCUCCAUGGCGUGUAAUCCUUUCAUCUACAGCUUCUUCAGUGACAAGUUUCGCAAGGCUUUCGUGGAUGUGUUCAGGUGCCGAUGUGAGGAAGAUGGCCAACAAGCGCCUACUACUUCCGUCAUGUUGGUCAGCUCAACGAUGCUGCAAACGGGAUAAUUCGAACAGCUUUCGUUCUGCUCAGGAGAGUGACACUACAAUUCCACCACUAAAUUUUCAAAGACGGAACUAACUUCAGUGGAGAGCACUGCAUUAUUAAAUUGACAUGAAGACUUAGCUAUAUCAAGGGUAGACUGAACUUUUCAUUAGGGGAGGGGAAGGUAAGUCCUUCUCAAGGGUUUCUCUACCAUUAUGGAGCAUGUAGGAUUGUUUUAUUGAUUCUAAAUAGAUAGUGUUACUUUUCCUCGACAAAAAGGGGGAGCAUAUGGCAACGUGGGAGUCCACUUUCUUUGGUCUUAGAAAUUUGGUCAAUUCAUUAAAGAAAUUUCCUGAUGUUAAACCAAGAAAGUGGUAUCCGGGUUUCUCCACAAUGCCAGUGCCCCGCGUAACGCCCUGAUUUCCGAGUGUAUAUCAAACGUUUCUUGAUGAUUGACUUAAACUGAUUGGAAAAUUUUCAUGAAGGUUUCCGUUACUUACUGAGAAAGAUAAAACAAAACAACGCCUUGGUAAAUCUUGUUAUCCUGAGAGAUCGAAUUUGAGCCUCGCAGUUGAAUCAAGAUUUUAAGUUUCAUUCGGUAUAAGAUGCUGAUGGGAAAUGAUUUUAUAGCAUAUGACUCCCUUUGAUUCUAUGCAUGUUUUUCAAAUAUUUCUCCCAUAAGGCACUCCUUUCCAUAAUUCGUUUUUAGCCUAUACUCUUUUCUAUUUAUCUCAUCAAGACGCGUCUUACUCUGAUU